GAGAGUUUUGAGUGUAGUGGAGAGGGCGAGCCUGGGGGUCGGAGUGACAGCAAAGCGUUGCUAGGAGACAUUUAUUGCUUAUUAUUAGGGGAACAAGAUCUAUAGGAAACAGGGAGCAGGAAUGAGAUGCACGUGUCUAUAUAAACUGAGACUAUAGACUGGGGAGCGAGAAACAGAACUAGAGAUGGCACAGACUGGCUGCAGCCUCCCUCUCUGAGCUUCAAUUCAGCUUCUACUGAAGGACACUGAGUGCACAGUGUGGCCAUUAUGUAACUACAACUCACACACACAGCAUUGUUUAACUACAACUCACACACACAGCAUUGUUUAACUACAACUCACACACAGCAUUGUGUAUCUACAACUCACACACACAGCAUUGUAUAGACAUAGAAGGGGGGAAAAGAAGCCAAAAGAGAAAGAAAAGCCAAAAUGUCUCUGGACGAUCCAUUCUCAGUGGUGAGAGGAGAGGUACAGAAGGCUCUGAACACCAGCCGGGGUUUGUACCAGCGAUGGAGUGAACUCCUCCAAGAAAGCCAAGUUUCCAGUGCUGAAGAGUUCGACUGGACAACGAACGAGUUGCGGAAUUCCUUGCGCAGCAUUGAAUGGGACCUGGAGGAUCUGGAAGAAACCAUCAGCAUUGUGGAAUCAAACCCACGAAAAUUCAAGAUCACAGGGGCGGAGCUCAGCGAGAGGCGGGGUUUUGUGGAGCAGACGCGGAAUUCUGUAAAGGAGAUGAGAGAUCACAUCUCCAGCCCGAGAUCUGUGGCUUUCACUGAGCGAAAAAACAGAGAGGUGCUACUUGGUGCUGCCCAACAGCCCAGAACUGAUCGAUUUUCGCGCCUGGAUGAAGAAAUCAUAUCUGGGAACUCUCGCUACAUGGAGGAGCAACAAGCACAGCAGCAGCUGAUUAUUGAUGGGCAGGACGCGGAGCUGGAGAUGGUGUCUGGGAGUAUACGGGUUCUUAAAGACAUGUCUUCCCGGAUUGGAGAUGAAUUGGAGGAGCAGACUGUGAUGCUCGACGACUUCACCCAUGAGAUGGAUAACACCCGCACUCGAGUGGACUCCGUGUUCAAGAGAAUGGCCAAAGUCUCGCACAUAUCUAAUGAUCGCCGGCAGUGGUGCGUCAUUAUCACGCUGCUCCUCGCUCUUAUUAUUAUUCUGGUUCUGAUAUUUGUGCCAUGAAAUGUGCUGAACCUCCAAUCCCAGAGAAGCCCAGAGCCCAGUUGUACCGGUGAUUGUGUUAAGACUGCGCCAUGUUCUGCUGCAGACAGCGCCACCCUGUGGAUCAUUUUAGGGACGUUGCACAAGUAUAAGGUCAAUUUGUUCUGUUUUUAGGCACAGGGGCCGGCGCACUGCAGCUUUUUUACCUGCCAAGCACAAGAGAAAUAAAAUAUUUUGUAUCUGU